GGCACACGCUCGAGGUUGAACUGCAAUAUGGACUCUCGCAUGCGGGACGUGUCCGGUUCGCGCGGCCGCGGCGCCGGCAGGCAGCCAAGAAGGAGUGACCCUUACGACCGCUCACAGCGGCUAGAAGGGUCGCGGAUGGCGUCGGCAAGUGCUUGGGACAAUGCAGUACCAGCAGAAACAUCACCAUCCUAUCCGCCAGCGGCGAUCAGCAUCAAAGGCUCGGGCGGUCCAUAUGUAGUGGUUGUGGGAAAUGUGGCGAAAGGGACGAGUCUGGAGGACAUCAAGUUGACUUUGGAACCAUAUGGAGAGGUUUUAUACGUAAAAGAACGGCCGCCUCCCUCGCUGAAUUACCCCUCCAUUUCCUUCGAGGUCUUCUUUGCGCGCAAAGAAGAUGGCCAAGCGGCAUGUCACUCGCUGAACGGGUGUCUAGCUGAUGGUCGCGUCCUGUCCGUGGCGGCGGCGACGCCAGAGACCGUCAGCUCAGCAUUUUCCAACUUUAACGGUCAAGUCUCCGCAGCGGCACGCCAACGCGUCGGGGAGACAGGAAACAUUGUACCCGGCCCUGCGCCCGUGCCACGCGGUGCACCGGUAGCUGGCAGCAGCAGGACCCACGUCGGCACACAUGCUGCGCCAGCUGCGGGCAGGGAGCUGAUGGGCGGCAGCAAUAACCAUAUCAACUCAGGGAGAGCAAAGGGACAGAAUACAUCGGGUCCACAGCCUUUUACCGGUGGCAAUGCCAGGAAGACUUUCGCACCGGCCGCAGGAGCAGCAGGGGCGAAAGCAAAAGCAAAAGCGGUGCCAACGGCUCCGGCGCCGAAGAGUCUGCAGAACCGCCUCGGUCUCGGGCCAACAGCAGCGGAGAAAGCGCGAACAGAGGCGAUCAAGAAGGCGCAGAAGAAGGGCACUGUCGCUACGAGGAACGGGAACGCCAGAGGUGUCGCAGUCGCUGUUUCCGGUGCUGCUGGCAGCGGCAGUGGCGGCAAGAAAGGCGGUGCAGCGGCAUUGCCAAAGAGCCUCAAGGAGCGCAUCGCCGUACCACUCGCGGAGCGCCUGGCGGCUGCGUCGACGAGCGCGUCGGAUCCCGCAACCGCCGAGGCCAAGAAGCGGAAACGCGAGGCGUACAAGGCCAAGUUGGCAGCUAAGAAGGCUGCGGCGAAGGGUGGCAUGGAUGUCGAUUGAUUCAUUCUUACGUUCGACUGGAGAGAGGUACGGGAUGCUGCGUGGAGGACAGAGCAGAGCAGACCACGUGCGCCAGGCGUAGGAAUAGCAUGAAGCUAGGGAAGGGGUUCCCUCUCUCUUUUUUCCUCUUUGUAAUCGUAGCUCUCGGACUUUUGUGAGCUAGAUACAGGCAGG